AGUGAUCGGCGUGUCACCUUACAAAAGCAAUGGCUGUCUGAUUGAGGCGGGGUCUUUAUGCAAACGCAGGAUGCCCGAUCGAUCCAAGGCUGUGAGGUGAACGCUCUGGGGCCGGAGCGGCCCGCCUCGCGGCCUCAACCGGCGGCCGUUCCGCUAUGGGAGUGGCCGCCGCCGCCGCGCCGCGCGCUCUGACCUCUCUGACAGCGGUGACCUCUGUGACCCGGCUGACCGUGACCGUGACCUCGCCGGGAGAGCCUGCGGUCAGGUGUGAUCGGCCCGGAUGCGGCGGAGAGUGUGUGGGAGCACAGGACGCGCGUCGAGCGGGCCCUGAGGACCGGUUUCGCGGUCCGGAGAGCCGCGGCGGCACCGGUGACAGAUGAGUCGCCGCGGUGCCGGUGACGGUGGUGCAGUUGGUGCCGGCGGUGACGGUGGUGCAGACGGUGGUGUCGGUAGUGUCACGGUGGUGCUAGUGGUGUCAUUUGUGUCAGAUAUAGUGCUAUAGUGGAAUUAUAAGCGACAGAAAUAGGGAAUACUAACCAUUUGUGUCCGUGAUAACGUUUCUACUGCAUCUCCGUCCGUCCGUCCGUCCGUCCGUCUGUCCGUUCUGCUUCUCUGAUCUCGAUGGCAUCCACUGUUAUUGGUCUGUUAGUAUUACUCGGCGUGUUCAUCUCAUCAUCGGCUGAGCCCAAUAUUGUGGUGCUUCUGGCCAAUAAUGUGCGAGCAGACGACUUGAGCUGCUUCAACCCCGGUACACCAGUGAAGACGCCAAACAUUGACAGGCUGGCGUCUGGAGGAGCGCUCCUUCAGCACCACACUGUCCCGGCGCUGACCCUGACUGCUAACAGGGCUGCCCACAUCACCGGUCAACUGCCCUUCCGAUAUGGGCUUCAAGAAAGUGAAGACGGGGUCCGGCAAAUUUUACACACCCUCAGCCGUGCCGGUCUGCCAGCGAACACACAAACAUAUGCAGAGGUUUUUAAAAAGUUUGGGUAUCGCACUAAAGCUGCAGGCAGCUGGGAGCUGGGCUGGGGCUGCCGGUCGUGGGCAGACCACUGUCACGGCCCGCUCCAGCACGGAUUCGACUCGUUCUACGGCGUCCCCCUGAGCGGCGCCCCUGCCAGCGGCGGCCACCUCUCCUACAGCCAGCUGGUGCCCAUGCGGGCUCUCGAGGCCUACCUGGCCGCCCUGGCCAACAGGACAGACCUGCGCGACAUCUAUCAGCCGAUCGCCGAGACGGCCUGGUAUCAGUGGCUGGCGCUGGCGGCGCACGACGGCCGCGGAGCCGGGGCUGGAGGCAAGGUCAGGACUCUCGAGGAGCGGGCGAUGCUGACCGAGUCGCUGCGUCACCAGCUGGACUCACUGCUGGUGCGUGAUGACGCCGUGGAGCGGUGGCCAUACACCCUGCAGGGGAUGACGCUGCCGAUUCUCUCCGAGUCGCUGGAGUUUAUCCGGGACAACCACCGCGCCAGGAGGCCGUUCCUGCUACAGCAUACCUUCCUGCACGUGCAUGAGCCCAGUAUCGCGGCGCCACACCGGGUGGGUGCCAGCAACAUCAACCCCUACUACGACGGCAUCCUGGAGCUGGACUGGGCGGUCGGCCGCGUCCUGGACCAGCUGGAGAAGCUGGACAUCCUCGACAACACCGUCGUCUAUUUCGCCUCCGACUACAACGACCUCAUGUCAUUUCGAUCCUCGGUGUCUAACAUCACCGACAGUCGAGUGCCGGGGAUAUUCCUGUGGCCGGGCACCCUGCAACCGCACGUGAUGCGCCAGCCGACCUCUGUACUGGACCUGCUGCCCACCCUGAUAGACAUCAUCGGCAGAGGAGAGGAGCUGCUGAACAUGACGAUAGAUGGCCGCAGCCUGUUCUUUCCUCUACUGACCCGUGGCGAGACCAGUCUAACCCGGUACUUUAACUACAGAGGACUCCGGCCCGACAGCGCCACGCUCGUCUUCCCAGGGGCUGGCGACCCGUCCAUCUACAAGGUGUACCUGUCGGCGGACUGCCAGCUCUGUCCGGGCAGGACCGUGCUGUAUAACCUUACCGACGACCCGUACCAGGAGCUCGAGCCCAUCUCAGAGGAGGAGGAAAUCUACAAGCGAGUGACUGAAGAGGUGCGUCAGAACCUGUACAUACUGCCCUCGGUGCCGAGCCAGCUGGGAGACUUCUGGAGCGUGAUGCCGCUGCCCGACCUGUUCCCGUGGACUCAGAUCAGCGUGUACAACGACAACGUCGACGUCAACAGCGCCGAGGACCUGUUCGCCUUUCUCGAGGCUGACGUGAUUUUCGCGGCCGAGCCCGGCUCGGGCGAUCAGGAGCGAGAGCUGAAGGCGAAGCGGGAUGAGUUGGACCCCGAGCUGAGUCUGUUUUAUUACCGGGAUGGCGGUGAUGGCACUUACAAGGCGGCUGAUGAGCUGUUCUAGUGAUGGCAGAUAAGGAGACGGUUGGUGAAUGGUGCCGAGAUGCCGUGGAAUGAAAAAAGCUUAGUUGCAAAGGUUCGGCUCAUGACAUAUGUGGAUGGGAGCUGCUGGCUGAUGCUGCGGUAGUUCUGUCUUCCAGUGUUAUUUUGUGUAUCUACUGGGGAAAGAAGCAGUGGCAAAAAGGCGGCUGUUAUCAGGCAUUAUAAAUUAUAUCAAUAAAAGAAGUAAUGGGACAACGGAAAA